AUGCGCGUGGAAUCCGUACGACGAGAAGAUCUCCCCGAAAUUUUCGAAAUCACCCAUCGGGCACUGGAAAAGGAUGAGUUCUUCGGUUGGCUGAAUCCUGGGCGGGAAAAGUAUCCGGGUGACCUCCGAAGGAACCAGAUUAUACGGUUGCGCUCACGCCUCGUUGGCUUAGGUCAGUAUGGCUACGUGGCUGUGACCGAAGAAGGCGAUCAAGAUUGGAGUGGUAAACCUGAAGUCGCUGGUUUCGUGUUCCUCCAUCGAAGUGCAGGCGAUGAAGCAAGCAAGAAAUGGCGCGCAGAUACACUGUUCAAAAAGGUUGAAAGGAAACUCUUAGAUUGGGAGAUCUGGUACGAUACCAAAUUUUUAAACCGCGCGGAAGAUCCCAAGCGCCUGGCAGAAUACAUUAAAUUGGAACCCUGGAAUUCCUUCACGGCCAUCAACCCACGCUGGCAUGUAGGGCUCAUUUGCGUGUCACCAAAAUUCCAGCGUCGCGGGGUUGGAAGCAUGCUGAUACAACAAGCACAGAAAUUAGCCACGGACGAAGGAUUGCCUGUAACAUUGGAGGCAAGCAUCGUGGGGAGAUUCCUGUACUUGAAGAGUGAAUUUAAGGUUGUAGGCGAGGUGAAGCUCUGUGAAGAAUACACCGAUGCCCUAAUGCUUUGGGAGCCACGAGGGCUGGAGGGGACGUGGCUGGAACAAUUUGAGGGCGACAAGGCGAAGAUGAAGGAACGAUGA